AUGAACGACUUACUAACAACCCCGAUUAUUUUAAGUAUAUAUGGAAUGAUUAAAGCAGGCUUGAUUCAUGCUAAAAGAAACUGUCCAAUGUGUCUUGGUAGAAUGCUAUUUAAUAGAGAUUUAAUUGCCAAUGCAGAUUAUCGAUGGACUUGCUCAUUAUGCUUUUACUCCUUAGAAUUGACGACAUCUACACCACUAAAUGGUAUUAAACUCGAUGAAUUCGAUUUAUUCUUAAGACUGUGGUCAGAGAGUAGUGCGCUUAAGAUUACACAGAUAUCAAGCGUAUUAAGAACAUCUCAUUCAAAAGCACAUCAAAAGAUUUACAGAUUUGCAAUGUCUCAUUACUGGGCACGAUACAUUAAGCCAUUUUUGAAAUUGCCUGGAGUGGUAGAAAUUGAUGAGACUAUGUCUAGUGCAAGGAAGUAUGCUGUUGGCACCAAAUUUCCUCACUAGAGAUGGAUAUUUGGCAUGUAUUGCCGUGACACCAAAAUCUGUGUUAUGUAUAAUAUUAGAAAUAGAAAUCAUUGGAAUAUAUAUCCUCUCCUCAAAUCCCACAUUAACCCUGGAGGUGUGGUGGUAAGUGACGAGCACGCAACUUAUGUUUGUUUACAAAGUGCUAAAUCUAGACUAGCAUUAUUUGGUUGGUAUCAUUUUUGGGUGGUUCAUUCAAGUGGCUACUCACAUGAAAAAUUCCCAUUUCUGUUCACAUCCAAUAUUGAAGCUACUUGGGCCAAGAUGAAAAGAUAAAACACAGGCUUGAAAUAAAUGAAUACAAAAAAGCAAAUUGAAAGUUAUGCUGACUAAUUUUGUUUGAGAUAUAUCCUUAAGAAAGAUAGAGUCUAUUAAUUUGCAUUAAAAACAAUCAGAAUUUACUUUGAUGACAUGGUUUAGAAAUUUAAGACCUUAACAAACUACGAGGAGCAGUUUUAUCCUUGUGCUGGGGCUUUAGAAUAUUACUGUGACACUAUAAUUAGAGAGGGGAAUGACAAAAUCCUAAAAGUUUUCAACUCUGAAUGCUAUUAAGAUAGAUAGUACUUGAAGUUAUUUAAAAAUUAUGAUUCAGAUCAGAUAUAAAAAUCUGGAUGCACAGAUGAUGAAAUAGACCCAACCAUUCUUUAAUAUGUUGAAUUAGAAAAAUAAAGAUAUUAAAAAAUUAACUAAGUUAAAAGCUUACUACUGCCAAUUUGCUAUGAUUUAGCUUAAGAUGAGGAAGAUGACCCUGAGGAAUAAAGAAGGCGGGAUUUGAUAACUUCUGAGACCCAUAAAUAAAUUGAGAUUAGUACGGUGAGGAGUAUGACAGAUCUAUAGUAUGCAAGGGAUGUAUAAAGUGCUGCUGUAGAAAAUGCUAUUUGUAUAAACUAUGAAAAGAGCAAGAGACCAGGAUUUACUAUGUAAAAGUUUUUAUCCACAUGGUGA